AUGAAAUUCCCUCUCGGGCUGCUGGCGCUGACCGUCACUGUGGGCGCUCAUGCCCAUCACGAUCAUAACGAGUCUAUUCCCGACCAUGUGCGCGAGGAGUUGCGGAAGAAAUGGGACCAGGAGUGGUCGUUCUCGGGCAUCACUAGCUUUGCGCAUUUGAAGCCCGUCAAAUGCUUAGUAGAACUCGAUGAGCGUUACGAUAUCGCUAUCAUUGGAGCUCCCUUCGAUACCGCCGUCAGCUACCGACCCGGGGCUCGUUUUGGUCCUCGUGCCAUCCGCGCCGCCAGCGCCCGACAGAUGGCCGGCACCAGCUACAACACCCGUGCGGGCAUCAAUCCGUACAGUUCCUGGGCCACGGUCAAGGACUGUGGAGACAUCCCGAUCACUCCGUUCGACAACGGCCUGGCCGAGCGUCAGAUGUACGAAGCAUUCCUGGAGCUUGGGUCCCGUCCGGCCAUCACCGCGGCCGACUCGCAGUAUGGCACCAAGGGAAUAUCAGCGGGCAAACCCAAGCUGGUCACUCUGGGUGGAGACCACAGUGUCGCAUUACCGGCACUGCGGGCCUUGUAUCAGAUCUACCAGAAGCCCAUCACAGUUCUGCACUUCGAUGCGCACCUGGACACCUGGAAUCCCGUACGGUACUCGGCGUAUUGGACGUCGGAGCAGGCGGCGUUCAACCACGGCAGUUUCUUCCACAAGGCCAGUCGCGAGGGUCUGAUCUGCAAUUCGACAUCGGCUCAUGCCGGUCUGCGCACCCGGUUGACCGGCACCACCGACAGUGAUUACACGAACCCGGGCCCGGAGCAAGGGUUCCUGCGCAUCCAUGCGGAUGAUAUCGACGAUUUGGGCCCCAUGGGCGUGGUAGAUCGCAUCAUCCAGCGCAUCGGCCUGGGCGCGGAGCAGCCCGUUUACCUCUCCGUCGAUAUCGACGUGCUAGAUCCCGCCACGGCACCUGGAACGGGCACACCCGAACCCGGUGGCUGGACGACCCGGGAGUUCAUCCGCAUCAUGCGGGGCAUCGAGAAACUGAACAUCGUCGGGGCGGACAUUGUCGAGGUGUCUCCCAGCUAUGACAACGUGGGAGAAACUACCGCCCUAGCGGCGGCCCAGGUGGCCUAUGAGAUCAUCACCAGUAUGGUGAAGUCGGGGGCGGGAGAGGAGUUGGGCGGAUGGUAUGGGCGGAUGGAGACGGUGGCGGGAGAGAAAGUGAAGGAGAAUACGAUCGAGAAAGACGAACUGUAG